CUCGCCAGAGGUAAGUAGACUGGUUAUCAGUCGGCACAACAUCAUCGUCGCGAGGAGACCGGAAAGACCGUCCGCUUAAAUAGACGGCGUAGCCCUCUACGUAUAACAAGCCUGACUGGUAGCAUCGUAGACCGUGAAGUAAUCGUGAACCCAAAAAGCACGUGGGGAUCCAUAAAUCGGUAAGCUCGAUCGGCAGAUCCUUAGAUCCACAGCCGUAUCGAAUCGACAGAUCCCGGCUACGUCGUAUCAAUUUACAUAAACACAGUGAAAUCCACAUAACGCCGAGCAUCGCGAAUGCACUCGGAUCGUCGAGUCGUCAUUUGUCGUGGUUAACGCCGAACGAGACCUCGUGAGAGUAAACAGGUACGCGAGUACCGCUCUGGCUGGGCAAGUGGCUCUGGCAAGUACCGAAGGCUGCGCCCGCCUGCCACCAGUAGUACCGGGCUAACGGAGUAGAUCGGAGUCGCUCUGAGCGCUAGAGAGGUUCCUGGAUCCUGAAGAGCGCAACGGAAGACACGGUGCUCCCGCAGCCGAAGAAGACCGAGGCUCGUCCGAAUGCCGGAAGUGCGAGCCGGUAUGGGAGUCGACGUGUGAUUUCGGGACUCGGAAGUAGCGGUGAUAUGUGAAGUGACGGAUGCUCUCGCGACCACUCGUACAUAGGAGCAGUGGGAGUGAAUCGGUACGCGCAGCUUCCCUUCUCCCGGUCCCCUCUCUCCCUCUACCGUAACUUCACUUUUUCCUCCUCUCUCUCUCUCUAUCUCCCUUUCUUCCUUCUCCAUCCUCUUUCAUGUCACCCCUUGAUCGACCCCUAGACUCCUCAGCUACUCGUUAUCCAUUCUCUUGAUAUUCUUCAUAAUCUUCUCUCUCUUCAUCUUGUCCCUUCGUACCACUGUCGUCCUCUCUCUCUCUCUCUCUCUCUCUCUCUCUCUCUCUAAGAUUCAAGAGGAUCAACGUCCACGUGGCUAAUAGAAACGUCCGGUCCCAAGUGCUAAAAAAGAAUAAUCUCAGCCGACACGUUAAUAAAUCCUUGGUGCAGAUAAGUCAAAACAUCCACGGAGCCCGAUAAGAAUUGAAUCGGCGGGAUGCGGCACGUGGAGCACCUAAGCUCCAGGUAACACGUGGCGGACUCAGCGCACUCCGCACUCGCGAGGAAAGCCUGCAUCAGCGUGAGAGGCUGGUACCUCCAGGAUGCCAGGGGUGUGGAAGUUGCUACGCAUGCUGCUCUAUAUGGUGGUUGGCUUGAAGAACGUACGUGGUAGCAGUGACAUUUGGCCGUUGGAAAGGCCAGAAGGGAUGCCGGCGAUACAAUCGCUCGAAGUGAUGUGCGGGAAGGACCAUAUGGAUGUGCAUCUUUCGUUUUCUCAUCCCUUUGAGGGCAUCGUAUCUUCCAAGGGUCAGCACGCCGAUCCACGUUGCGUUUACGUGCCGCCAUCCACCGGACAAACAUUUUUCUCAUUUCGAAUAGCAUACGCGAGAUGUGGUACCAAACCGGAUAUGCAUGGUCAGUUCUACGAGAAUACUGUCGUCGUUCAGUACGACAAAGAUUUAUUGGAGGUUUGGGAUGAAGCCAAACGAUUGAGAUGCGAAUGGUUUAACGAUUACGAGAAGACAGCGUCGAAGCCACCGAUGGUCAUAGCGGAUCUUGACGUAAUUCAAUUGGACUUUCGAGGAGAUAACGUGGACUGUUGGAUGGAAAUUCAGCACGGUAAAGGUCCAUGGGCACCACCGGUUUCCGGGAUUGUUCCCCUGGGUUCCACUCUGACCCUCGUCGUCGCCAUUAAUGAUUACAGAGGAGAAUUCGACAUGCGUGUUAAAUCAUGCGUUGCUUCCGAUGGCGGUGGACAUACGAUACAAUUGAGUGACGAAUCCGGAUGCGUCUUGAGGCCAAAAAUGAUUAGUCGAUUCUUAAAGGCACGUGGUUCCGAUGAUCGUGCCACUAUCAUCACUUACGCUUUCUUCCACGCAUUCAAAUUCCCGGACGCUCUUAGCGUCCAUAUCAAGUGCAAGGUGGAGAUCUGCCGACACGGCUGCCUUGAUCAUUGUCAGCUCAGUGGAUCAAUCGGUCAUUAUCUUCAAGAGCGUAAAGAUCAGCAAGUUCAUCCGCUGUAUCCACAGACAACCUCAACGUCAACGUCCCAUGACGAUGACGCGCCGAUCUAUGACGACAUCAUUCAGAACGGUGACGAGAUGACGUCUAUAGGUGGUCAGUUCUUAGGGGUAGAGAAAUCAUCCCCUAAGGCUCAAGCGCAGACCAGCAAUCGUAUCCCAGCUCCGGUUGUUGAGCAACAGCAAGAAGAUAGCACAGAAACAUCCGAGCUCUCUCAUCCGUUCUUAGAACCACCCCGGCUAACCAGAUACGAAACCGACGAGCAAUUUCCACACGGACCCAGGAACCUCGACGAAGACGAUCCAGUAAUCGUGACUCCACUCUCUACGACGAGCACAAGGCGAAAGCGUUCCCUGGUGAUAUCAGACAGGAAAGCACGGAGCGCCGACGUUGGCGUAAGCGGUAUCUACGAAGUCAUCUCUGAGGCUGAUCUAGCGUUCAGUCCGGAUGCCCACGCAGAAGCCGUCACCGUCUUUCAGGGUAGAAUACGCGAAGAAGUUGUUUAUGGGAUUUGCUUGCCGAUGCCAGGAUUUAGUGCUCUCUUCGUGAUAGUCGCCCUGUCCGCCGUUAUUUCCGCCCUGGUAGCCGGCGCGAUGCUUCACCGGCUUCAAGUACAACGCGAAGUUGCUGCUGGUAAUCGCGAGAACAACAGAGCCGUCGCUACCAGCAAUGGCUGGCUGCCAUAUGGGUUACUGCGGGUACGUUGCUCGGAACGGCCGCAUCGGCAGCAGCAACAGCAGAUGCAGAAGCAACCGAGCACGGGACCACCCGAGCAGGGCUGACCGGAAGCUCUGAAGCGCAUUGAUGCCAGCGCAAAUGCCGUGAGAGACAAUGUGCAAUAUACUGUACAAAGUACCGUAAGUGCGUAGUAUCCCGCGCGACCAACUAUACGUUGUAGGUUCUAUAGGUACUAUGGCUACAAUUACUAUUACUGUUGCUACUGCUGUUACUAUUACUACCGGUGCUACCAACCACUGCUACUAUUCUUACCUUGAAGACUUGUAUCCUCGUCAUCGAGUGAUACCAGGAAGCCGAACGACAAUCCUUUCGCAGGACUUAUCGAGCAUCCUGAACGUUAGAUCGUUACACCAGGAUGUUACAUACGUAUUAUUAAAUUAUAAGAACGACGGGGACUAAGAGAUCACGAUUUCUAAUACCUAAGGAUUAUCUUUAAAAAUUUUUUUGGUUAUAGGACUUUUUCAUUAUUUCUCUUCAUUAUUAGUGAUAUCCUUUUUAAGGUUAUACAUAGACCAUCGCAUACAAUUUUAGGAUCCCCAUGAAUAAUGUAUUUUAUAUAUAGCUUACGGCCGAGAGGUAGGACAACAAAUUUGGGUUUAAAUGAACGUCCAAAGUAUAUUGUUCUUAAUUCAUCCAUUAUAUUCUUUGUGUUACAUAUUUUUUGAUUCGUUUCUAAUUUUCAAAUUUUACGUUAAAUCAAGUUGUAUCCUCUUCCCAGUGGCUCUAUCAGAAAAUAAAUCCAUUCUAUCUUGGAAUUUGCCUGAAUGCUGUUGAUUUACCUCUCGGCAUACCUGUGUAUGUUUAUAUAUAUUGUGACGUGUUUUUUCGACCCACGUGGCGACUCUAGCUACCGAUUCGGAGAACGUUAUCGCUGUCUCGUUCUCUUAGAGUCGCUAUCCUGCUUAGAAGCUGAGCUCUCGGAUAGAUUCGUGCAGUUACGCUAAUGCUCUCGGAAGAUUUACUAUUGUUUACUUCGAGAAACGCGCCUAAUUUAGUUUAAAGGGAUGACUCGAGAAAAAGGAUAAGAGUUAUCGGCUAUAAGGAUCUACAUCAAUCAAAAUUAUAAGGUCCCGAAUUUGACUGUUGUCCAAGCAGUCUGUCUUGAGACACCGAUCGGGGUGCCUCGAGCUGCCUCGCGCUCCCAGAUUCUUUGUUGAUAGUUUUUCUAUCUGUGUUUUCUAUACGGUAUAAAAAGUUCUCGCAAUAUCCAGAAAAUCCUAUAGAUUUUUUCCGUGUUUCGGGAGUGCAUUCCUGUGCUAUAGUGCAGUGCCUAUCCGAGUGUCCCCUGGAUGCAGUUCUCGGCCUUCGCGGAUUAGCUGAACCAGCUCCGGUGAGGAUUCCCAAUUUAUUAAUUGGUGGAGGGAUUUCGAUUUUAUAGCUCCGGCUCGGUCUGUUACGUUCUCGAUCAAUUGCUUUCGGUUUCUGGCACUACUUGCCUGACGCUUACUUCGACCCUCUCUACCUCAGCCUAGCAGCCUGAGCGGCCGUGUAUUUCCGUAACCGUUCGUGCAUACAGUUGCGUUUUUCAAUUUUACGUGUUCCCAAAAAGUGACAUUUAGCUAUCGUCUUUUCUAACAGCUUCCGGCAGAGCUCUCGUUUUGGCGGAGUUGAGACUAUUUCAACUCAACUCCCAGGUCAUACCAGUUCGUCAGUUUCCGGUGAAAAAAGAUCUGGUUGGCGUCCGCCUGGCAUGCGGAUGCAUGGACGAAGGGUGGUCGGCCGAAGAUGACGUAGGUUAGUUCUCGGAUUUUCGCUAGCGGUGUUCAGUUAAGAAAAUACGUUACAAUAUAUAUACAUAUAUAGGCGUUGUCAGCCCUGAGAAACGUUCGGUUGUCUUGCGGCGUCGGAAAUCUCCGUUUGCGGCUACUCACGAUCGCAAAUCCCUAUUUUACGUGAGAAAGCUUCUAGAGAGGUGAACGCGCUAAGAUCGUGAGUAUAUAUAUAUAUAUUUAUACAUGUGUAUACCCCACGAAGUAUUCGAUGUCGAUGUAAUACCGCUAAGAAAACUUGGAGCGUUCUCAUGAACUAAUGAAUUACGACGUUUACGACAGGAUCGACAAGUUUGAACUCAUUUGACGGUUAAGCAUUGGAUUGAAACAUGGCGACGCCAUCGAGGCUAAUCAAAGACGUCGCGACGAGAGCAGGUAUACUUGCUUCUAUCUCUGUCACUUUUUUCUACAUUCUUUUUAGUUUUCGAUAAUCUUUAUUCGCUCUUUCCUCCAUUCUGUUUUCACUUCGUUAACGAGACAAUGUAGCAAAUCAAAUCGACGCUGGAGAUUACACGACUCCUUGCGAUAAAUUAAUUGUAGUUAAUUAUGUAUUAUGAAAUUUUUAUUAUUUUUUCCUCGAGACUUGGUGGUAUCUACGCAUACCUAUUUUCGGCCAGGUAUCUCGUUAUGUUUUAGGAUAAUUAAUUGUUUACCACUUUACAAGUGAUUAUCCGUUAAUUAAAAUGUAUAAAACGGCGACAUUACUUAAUUCUCGUGGUAGGCAUAGAUGAUAAGGAUUAUGAAUUUUUAAGAUGAAUCUUUUUUUUACUUAUCACAUACGUUAUUGCUCGGGCUCUUUAUUUGUUAGGGCUCUGCGAUAACAGGCUAAUAUUCGAAUGAGACUAAUCGAGCUAAAACUACAAAGCAGCAAUUUGAUGCUAAUCGAAAUAUUUUAUUCACUUUUUAAUGGUUCAAUAUUAAGCAAUAAAUAAAGUGUUAAGAUAAGUAAUAUCCUUUUUAGGACCUUUGUGGGUCUUCGAUGUGAACAUACAUAUGUAUGAUUUGUCUAUUUUAGGUAUUAAUUGGUUACGUAAGGAGUUAUUAAUUGCCUAAUUUAUAAAUCUUAAUUUUUCUUCUACGACAAUCAUGCCAGGAUCAAAUUUUCAUUAUUGAUAAAUGGCAUAGGAGAGUUAAGAAGUAUUUGAGAUAUGUGUUAGUGUUACAAAAUUUCUUUUUCAAUAUUUUUAUCAUAAUUCCUUAUAUGAACAGAUACGUUUUUGGAAUAUCAGGAUAACAGACAGUUUUUGACAAAAUCGUUUAUUAGCAAGUUUCAUAUAAAAAUGAUUGACACUUUCAUCAAGCAUCCAUAUAGAUGCUUGAUAAGCAUACGUAUAAUACAUGUAGGUACAGUUUAAGUCUAUUUUGGUCCUAUAUGUAUAUAAUAAAUUGCCAAUCGAUAAUGCUCCAUAUACACAAACAAAAUUCACUCCUUGAUACAAACUCGAUAAUGUCUCAUUGAUUAGCUAAAUUUUCAUUGUACAAAUUCAACCGAUCAUUCUUUUCAAUUGCAACAUGGUAACGGUUCAAUUUACUCAAUAUAAAUUCAUUUGCUUCGCUGAUCAAAAUAACUCAGCUGUCAUUCACUGUUUUAAAUAUUUAACAUUAAUUUCACAAAUCAUUUGUUUUUUUUAUUUUACUAGUCACAAUCCAAAAAAUCAGUUACAUGUUCUUCCUCUGAGUCCAUUAUCAAGUCUGGCAAUCUGUGUAAUAAAUAUUUUUCAUCUGGAUGCAGGUGAAAACGAAAAAUUCUGUUGUCGCAUAAGACUUUGUGUCGAAUCUCGAAUUGCGACUGUUAUUACUAUUUUCAUUAUUAUUUUAUUCAGUAACCAGAAUGAACAAGCGUCAAGGGGUAUCGAUCCAUGAUCUUGACUCAUAGAGUCUAGUGAUCAUUCAGGUAAUGUCAAAAUGAAAUAUUUUGAAAUUUCUAACAACCAAAUUACAAACACCCAAAAAGAGUUCCAGUACGCAUGGCUGUCCUGUUAUCCCAUUAAAUAAAUAAACAUAAUGAAACGAU